UUUUUUAUAUAUGAAUAUUUCUGGUCCUUACAAAUGUUAAAAUCGUUGAACACACCUAACUACGUCCAGAAAAUAUUUUUAAUGGUUACAAAAAUGUAGAACAAUUUUCUAAGCCCUUUCUCAGGUUUCAGUAUCGAGGUGAACUGUCGCAGCCAUACAGCCAUACAGCCGCGGCGCUGCGUGUCGCUCCAGAGCCUUUAGCGGUAGUUGGGCUUAAAGGAGACGCAACAAAGGCGCCUGAACAGCGGGCGUUUUGGGCAGUGCCGCUGGCGUGGUUUACUACAGCUUUAAGAACCUAAAACAGCGUCUGGGGCUUUAAAAAUGGAUUUUGCAUACUUAUAAUAAGGAAGCUUAACUAAGUUUUCAAUUAAUCAGAAUUACUUUUUUUAGCGACAGGGGCGAGAGGACUAGGUGAAAUAUGUUUGACAAUCGGAUCACGGCCUUUAGCGAGCAAACAGCGUUCAUAUUUCAUGGAAUCUCCACAGCUCAGCGUCUAAGUCAAGUUUGCUUAUAAUUAUUAACCACAUCAAGAAGCGCAGUUUGAAGAAAACGGUACGCGGUGAUGGAACCGCAGAUUGUGCAAACGUCGGCUUACAAAGAGGAGGCAGAGCCUGCUCCGGACAAGGCCUCACAGAGAUCCCCGACCCGGCCUACCCCUUCCAUGCCGCGGAGGGCACUACGAGGCCGGGGGGCCGGUCGCCCGAAGACCGAGGUGCCUUGCGCCCCAGACACGAACGGCGCCGCCGCAAGCGCGCCGGGUUGCGGGCGAGUGUUGCGGGACCGGUCGACACGGGCCGUUCCCGCGUGGAGGCAAAGCGACAUCGGCGAGGACAAAGAGGCGCCGAGCCGGAGGAAGGCGGUCUGCCCGCGGCGCAAGAGGACCGCGGAGCCGGCCAGAGAGAGGGGCAGCGACGGCGGCCCAGCCGCCGGGUCCGGGGAGAUUAAGGACGGCGGCGCGAGCACGCGAGCGGCUGGUGGACGGCGCGCGCACGCCCGCGCCGGGACUCCUUCAGCGCGACCUCCGCGAGCCUCGCUCAGGGUUGUGUGCAAGAGCGAAGCAGAGGUGGAGGAGGCUGGUUUGGGGGAGGCAGACAAGGUGUCUGGGAGGAAGGCAGGAGGAAGUGGUGAGAAAAAGUCAGAGCGAGAGGAAGAUGAUGUUCCACUGGGUGAGGAAGAACCUCCCUUCAUGGACGACCCAAAAGACCAAACCUACCAACCCCAGUCACAGAGUGACGACGAGGACGUUGUCACUAGUGAUGAAGACGAGCCCUUUAGAGAUGACCUGAACGAUCAGAGCUAUGAUCCCAAAUCUGAAAGGGACGCUCCAAAGCCAAGACGCAGAGCCCCGCCCAGGCCGCGGGAGAAGAAGGAGAAAGUAGGAGUAGGAGAGAAGGAGAGGAUGAGGGAGGCAGAGGUGAAGACAGAAGGAGGGGAGGGCCUUGACGUGAAGGUGGAGUUUGGAGAGGGGGCGGAGCCUCCUAGGAAGAGAGGCCGGCGACGGAAGGACGACAAAAGCCCUCGUCUUCCAAAGCGAAGAAAGAAGCCGCCAGUGCAGUAUGUCCGUUGCGAGAUGGAGGGCUGCGGGACAGUUCUGGCACAUCCUCGCUACCUACAGCAUCACAUUAAAUACCAGCACUUAAUGAAGAAGAAGUAUGUGUGUCCUCACCCCAGCUGUGGAAGACUUUUCCGGCUUCAGAAACAGUUACUACGCCACGCCAAGCACCAUACAGAUCAGAGGGACUACAUCUGUGAAUUCUGUGCACGAGCGUUCAAAAGCUCACACAACCUGGCUGUGCAUCGCAUGAUCCACACGGGAGAGAAACCUCUACAGUGUGAGAUUUGCGGCUUCACCUGCCGCCAGAAAGCCUCUCUGAACUGGCACAUGAAGAAGCACGACGCCGACGCCUCCUACCAGUUCUCCUGCAGCAUUUGUGGCAAGAAGUUUGAGAAGAAGGACAGCGUGGUGGCCCACAAGGCCAAGAGCCACCCUGAGGUCCUGAUCGCCGAAGCCCUAGCAGCAAACGCUGGUGCCCUCAUCACCACACCGGGGGCCUUGCUGGAGGCGUCCGCUGGACCUGGGCGGACUGAGCAGGUGGCCGCCGACGUGCAGGUGGCAGUGAGUCAGGUGGGCUCUCUGGCCCCUGUCGGCCCUGGUGCGGUCACCCACAUGGGGCCCGUGAUGGUGGUCGAACAGGACCACUCCCUCCACGGCAUGCGGGUGCCCGUCACCCUGGCACUGCCCGCGGCAGAGGUGGAGGAAGGGGCUGCGUCAUCGCGCCCCACCUCCACCCACACCCUGCAGGCGGUGCCGCUGCAGUGCCUGCUUCCGUCAGCUCCCAUCUCCCACCAACAGCAGCAGACGGCGCAGAUCCAGGCGCUGCCUCUGCAGUCGUCGGCCACGGUGGCGUCUCAGGCCGCGCUGGUGCAGCCUUUACCUGUGCAGUCGUACGCCUCGCAGUCUCACAUUCUCCAUAUGACCUUUACGUCGGUUGCCCAGCAACAGCAGCCCAUGCAUCAGUUGCCUCUGCUCUCCGUCGCCCCGCAGUUACCCCUGCACGGUGCCCCGCCCCAGCAGAGCCAGACCUUAGCCCACCCCCACAACCCCGGCUCCGCCCCCGCAGGGCCCCUUCUCGCCCACACCCUGUCUGAGGCCUCUUCUGACUGCAGAAGUUCUCUGGGUUUCAGUGCUGAGCCGCCACCUUCAUCCUCAUCUCCCUCCCAGCAAUCUUCUGCUGCUUCUCGCCAGGCGGGAGAGGGCGGAGCCAUCUGGGAGGGCAGCGGCCCUGCCGAGAAUGGAAAUGUGGGAGGGGUUUGGGAAGCAACUGGAGGCGGUGAGGGGCAGCUUAUGACAGACAGCUCAGACGGGCCGAUCCAGCAUGGACUGAUGUAGCAAUUUUUGUGAAAUUCACCUAAUUACACAGGAAGGUGAGGAGACUGCCUACUGUAUUACAGCCUCCUCACUGUACCUCCUACAAAGUUAAAUAUAUAGGAUCAUAAAUCUAUUAUAUGUAUUCAUAUUACCUUUUGGUAGGUUUAUAGAAGUAUAUGUAUCAGGGAAAGUUUGUUUUAAGUUGUUGUUGUUACGUUUUGUACAUAAAGUUUUAGUCCUCUCCAAAUAUUACUUUUUUUGAUUUUCA